UGACACCACACUUUUUCAGAGGUUUGCCGCGUCAACUUCUCCCAAGUUUCCAGGAGUCAGCGACGGCGGCGACGGCUUGGGGGAGAGGAAGAGAAGGAAGCGUCUGCUACUGGAGCCAAUGCCGCCCUUCUGCUGUCGGGGAGGAGCGUCCCUGCCCGGAUGAGUGUCCGCCGUGCGUCCCCGACUAUCCCCAGGCGGGAGCGGGGCCCGGAGCCUAGCGUGGACGGUCGCGGCUGCUUGGCCGGUGCGGGUAGGAUGUGGUGAAAAGAUGGGGUUUCGCGCUCCGGACACUCACAAUGGCCCGAGAAGACUCCGUGAAGUGCCUGCGCUGCUUGCUCUACGCCCUCAACCUUCUCUUUUGGUUAAUGUCCAUCAGUGUCUUGGCAGUUUCUGCUUGGAUGAGAGACUACCUGAAUAAUGUUUUGACUUUGACUGCAGAAACCAGGGUGGAGGAGGCAGUCAUCUUGACUUACUUCCCUGUGGUUCACCCAGUCAUGAUUGCUGUUUGCUGUUUUCUUAUCAUCGUGGGGAUGUUGGGAUACUGUGGAACGGUGAAAAGAAAUCUGUUGCUUCUUGCAUGGUAUUUUGGAAGUUUACUGGUAAUCUUCUGCAUAGAACUGGCUUGCGGUGUUUGGACAUACGAGCAGGAACUUAUGGUUCCAGUACAGUGGUCAGAUAUGAUCACUUUGAAAGCCAGAAUGACAAAUUAUGGUAUCCCUAGGUAUCGGUGGCUUACUCAUGCUUGGAAUUUUUUUCAGAGAGAGUUCAAGUGCUGUGGAGUGGUGUAUUUUACUGACUGGCUGGAAAUGACAGAGAUGGACUGGCCUCCAGAUUCCUGCUGUGUUAGGGAAUUUCCAGGAUGUUCCAAGCAGGCCCACCAGCAAGAUCUCAGUGACCUUUAUCAAGAGGGUUGUGGCAAGAAAAUGUAUUCUUUUUUGAGAGGAACCAAACAGUUGCAAGUCCUAAGGUUUCUGGGGAUCUCCAUUGGAGUAACACAAAUCUUGGCCAUGAUUCUCACCAUUACUUUGCUCUGGGCUCUCUAUUAUGAUAGACGGGAGCCUGGGACAGACCAGAUGAUAUCUCUGAAGAAUGAUACUUCUCAGCACCUGUCUUGUCAUUCAGUAGGACUGUUGAAACCCAGCUUCUCAAGGAUCUUUGAACAUACAUCUAUGGCCAAUAGCUUCAAUACACACUUUGAGAUGGAAGAAUUGUAAAGAUUAUCAUUGAAAGCCAGGCAUGGGGCUGCAUGCCUUUAAUCCCAGCAUUCAGGAGGCAGAAGUAGGAGGAUCAUGGUGAGUUGGAGGCCAUCCUGAGACUACAUAGGGAAUUCCAGGUUAGCCUGGGCUAGAGUAAGACCCUACAUUGGAAAACCAAAAAUAAAAUAAAAUAAAAUAAAAUAAAAUAAAAUAAAAUAAAAUAAAAUAAAAUAAAAUAAAAAAGAAUGUCCAAGAAGGAAACCACAAACGAUUUUUAUUGUACUGUUGAACUUUUAAGUACAUAGUUAUCUGUUUCAGAAAUGUGUAGAGAUAAAAAUAUUGUGUAAAAUAAUGCAUAGGCCUAAUUUUCUACUCUUUAAAAUGAAGAGGGUAAAGUUUCACAUGUCACUACCCAAUAAAAAUUGAUGACUUUUAUAUGUGGCAGACAGAACUAAUGCCCACUUUAUAGCCUGUGUACAAUUUUGUUCUAUGCAGUUUUAUUUUGAGGUGGUAUAGUGUGAUAGGCAUUUCCUCAUUCACCCAUGGAAAUCAACAGCAUUUGGUAGUUUGGGAUGUAGUGAACAUUGAUUAAGUUCCCCUGACUAGUAUCAACACUAUCAAUUGAUUGCUAACAUAGGGGUUUAGACAGUACUAAUGGCCUUUAUUACUUGGUGAUAUAUUGUUUGGAGGGUGACUAGAUUAUACAUAACACUAUUUUGAGAUUGGUGACUACCUAAAUGUGAUGUUUUUCUGGUUAUUAAAAUGAUCUUGACACAUUGUCUUAAACUGAUCAGGGAUAUAUAUGUAUAUAAGUCUGUGCUAUGUCUGUAUAAUUCAGUAGAUUUCACUUCUUAUUUUAUGAAUAACAAUUAUGAAAAGGAUUAAUUUGUCCUGUAUAGCGCCAUUAUUUUAGUCUUUCCUGAUAAUAGAGCUUUAAAAUUAUGUCUUGGUUCUGUAUUACAUUCAUAAGUGUUAAUUUAAAUGCUUAACCACUAAUUUUGAAAAUUACCAAUGUGGUACAUUGGAAUCAUUAUAAUUCUGAAUGUGGUCUGGGCUCUAGAAAUUUUAACUACAAAAUUUACAAAUAGUUGAUUCAGCAAAAAAAAAGAUGCUGUUUUUCUCCCCAGGGAGGGCUUUUUUUUUUUUUUUGACAAUCAGCACUUGAACAGAGCUCAUAUUUGCUUUUUGCAAACAAGAAGCAACAGUCCUAUAGUUAACAUAAUUAUAAUUCCACAGACAAUAGUGUUUUGCCUCCAGGAAGGUGCUUGUGAGAAUCAGUUAAAUAAGUGACAAUUUAGUAGAGAUUAUCUUUGCUUUAUUUCACUGAUUAAUAUACUAUGGAAAUGACACAGAUUAUUAAAUUUUUUACAAAAGUUAAACAUAUUUAUUUGAAAUGGGGAAAGUGCAUUUUACUGUAUUUUGUGUAUUGUGUUUAUUGCUCAGAAUAUGGAAAGAAAAAAAACCAAGUGUGAAUAAAUAUUUUCUAGAGUGUAACAAUCUGUGUUGAUUUUAUACAUUGUAAACUAUUUUACCAUUGGAAAGAUUAGCAAAGAGGGAUAUAAAAAGGAAUGAUUGAAUAAAGAAUAAAUUCAGAACUGAA